CGCAUCUCGUAGUCGCUGUCGCGCUGUUGUUGGUGGAGCGUCGCGUUCGGUUCUGUGAAGUGCCUCGUGGCCCGGGUAUAUUUUAAGUGCUUCGUUGAAAUCGCUGCGUAACAACUCAAACAAUCAUGAGAAAAACAGUUUAUCUUCCGAACGCGAAGUUUUCGAAAAAAGCUCACGUUUCAACCCUGAGCCAGUACAAGGAUAUGUACCAGGAGUCGAUCGAUAACCCGUGUGAAUUCUGGGGCAAUAUCGCCAAGCAGUUUCACUGGGAGACGCCAAUUUCCGCGGACAAAUUUUUUUCAUACAACUUUGAUAUUACAAAAGGGCCAAUUUUCAUCAAAUGGCUGGAAGGAGCAACUACAAACAUUUGUUACAAUUUGCUAGACAGAAAUAUCAGGAAUGGUCACGGAGACAAAAUAGCAUUUUACUGGGAAGGCAACGACCCGGAGGACUACAGCAGGCUCACGUACCGCAAGCUGCUGAAGGAGGUCUGCAGGUUCGCCAACGUGCUGAAGACGCGGGGAGUGACGAAAGGAGACAGGGUCGCAAUCUACAUGCCGAUGAUCCUGGAGGUUGUGGUGGCCAUGCUGGCGUGCUGCAGAAUUGGAGCCGUGCACUCCUUGGUGUUCGCAGGCUUCUCGUCCGAGUCCCUCGGGGAGAGGAUGUUCGACUGCAAGUGCAAGGUGCUGGUGACGGCCGACGGAGCGUGGAGGGGCACCAAGCUGAUACGGCUGAAGGAGCUGUGCGACGCAGGCAUGGAGCGCUGCAAGAGCCUGGGACACGAGGUGGAGACGUGCAUCGUGGUGGAGCACCUGCUGCGUCUCAACGCGGCCCAGGGCUGCCCCUCCAAUGGCACGGAGCCUCACACCAAUGGUGAUACCGCCAAGGUGAGCAUGGGUAGUGAAGGAGGGCAGAGGUCAGGCAUGGAGCGCUGCAAGAGCCUGGGACACGAGGUGGAGACGUGCAUCGUGGUGGAGCACCUGCUGCGUCUCAACGCGGCCCAGGGCUGCCCCUCCAAUGGCACGGAGCCUCACACCAAUGGUGAUACCGCCAAGGUGAGCAUGGGUAGUGAAGGAGGGCAGAGGUCAGGCAUGGAGCGCUGCAAGAGCCUGGGACACGAGGUGGAGACGUGCAUCGUGGUGGAGCACCUGCUGCGUCUCAACGCGGCCCAGGGCUGCCCCUCCAAUGGCACGGAGCCUCACACCAAUGGUGAUACCGCCAAGGUGAAAAUGCUGGAGGGACGAGACGUGUGGUGGCACGAGGAGAUGGAGGACGCACCGUCGUCGUGCUACCCGGUCUGGAUGGACGCCGAGGACCCGCUCUUCAUGCUCUACACCAGCGGCUCGACGGGCAAGCCCAAGGGCGUGCUGCACACCACGGCCGGCUACCUGCUGUACGCGGCCACCACCUUCAAGUACGUGUUCGACUACCGGCCGGGCGACGUGUACUGGUGCACGGCGGACGUGGGCUGGAUCACCGGCCACACCUACGUGGUGUACGGCCCGCUGGCGUGCGGCGCCACCUCGGUCGUGUUCGAGGGAACGCCCUUCCACCCGGACAACGACCGCUACUGGCAGGUGGUGGACAAGUACAAGGUGACGCAGUUCUACACGGCGCCCACGGCCAUCCGCGCGCUCAUGAAGUUCGGCGACGAGCCGGUGCAGAGGCACAGCCUGCACACCCUGAAGGUGCUCGGCUCGGUGGGCGAGCCCAUCAACCCCGAGGCGUGGCUGUGGUACUACACGCGCGUCGGCCACGAGAACUGCUCCAUCGCCGACACCUUCUGGCAGACCGAGACCGGCGGCCACGUGAUCACCCCGCUGCCCGGCUGCACGCCCAUGAAGCCUGGCUCCGCCACGUUCCCGUUCUUCGGCGUGCUGCCGGCGCUGCUGGACGAGAGCGGGCAGGAGGUGCGGGGCCCGGGGGAGGGCUACCUGGUGUUCCGCCGGCCCUGGCCCGGCAUCAUGCGCACCCUGUUCGGCAACCACGACCGCUUCGAGACCACCUACUUCAGCCGCUUCCCUGGCUACUACUGCACCGGAGACGGCGCGCGGCGCGACGAGGACGGCUACCUGUGGGUGACGGGGCGGGUGGACGACAUGCUCAACAUCUCGGGCCACCUGCUGAGCACGGCCGAGGUGGAGUCCGUGCUGGUGGAGCACCCCUUGGUGGCGGAGGCGGCCGUGGUGUCGCGCCCGCACCCCGUCAAGGGCGAGUGCCUCUACUGCUUCGUCACGCCCAACGACGGCGUCGCCUUCGCCAGCAAGCUCAGUGACGAGCUGAAGUUCAGAGUCCGAGAGAAGAUAGGCCCUUUCGCCACACCUGAAGUCAUUCAGCAUGCUCCGGGGCUACCCAAGACCAGAUCAGGGAAAAUAAUGAGAAGAGUUCUACGCAAGAUUGCACUGAAUGACAGAGAUAUCGGAGAUAUUUCAACGCUGGCCGACGAAACAAUUGUGGAAGCACUGUUUCAAAACAGACCUAGUGACGCCCAGUCAUAAGACGAGUCCAGCCGACGGAGCACGAAGCAGUAUUCUAUUAGCCGUAUGUAGUUGCAUAAUUAUGUACGGUGCUUAAUGUCCCAGUACAAGCACUGUGUGCACUGGUUAUCUGUUGCUUUGCUACGCAUCCAUGCAUACCGUGGCUGUUGUGUAGUUACUCAUUUGAAUAGCUUUUCCUUGGAAACCAAGUUUUAAAGAGCUUCGUAUCAAUCCAUCCAUUACUGAAAAAUCUACAUGUUGACUGCAAAUUUUAUUCUUGUUGGAUAUGUGCAUACUCUUUUUAUCUGUGACUGGUUAAUAUUAAGUUUUAGUGAACGAAUGUUAAAAUUUAUUUCUGUCGGUUUUGAAAAGGAGCUUGUCUCUUUGUGUAUCGAAGGAAUGUACCUGCUACUGCUGGAAGCAGCUGGUACUGCUUCAGUUGAUUGUUUUUGUGUAUACGUACAAUGUGUUAAAGGUGCUUUAUUUAUUGUAUUUUGUCUAACCAGUACAAAAUCACUUUGUUACCAGCA